ACAGCUCUUUACACUGGGUUUUUGAAUCUAGUUUCUGAUCGUCGAUGCCUUUUAGGAAAAUGAAUUUUGCGGUUUCUGAUGAAUUGUUGGCGACUUUUGCUCCGAUUGUUUUAUAUUGGGUCUUUUCUGGGAUUUAUGCUCUUUUAGGAUCGUCUGAGAAUCAUCGGUUACACUCAAAGAUUGAUGAGGACGAGAAGAACUUGGUGUCUAAACGAACUGUCAUCAAAGUGGUUCUUCUUGUUCAAGCCAUUCAAGCUUUUAUUUCGAUAAUCUUAUAUGCGGUCACAAGGAAAGAUAGUAAGGACGUCGCGGAUCCAAAGCCUUCUUUAAUGGUUUUAACACGACAGUUUGUUAUUUCAAUGUUGGUUUUGGAUACUUGGCACUACUUCUUUCAUAGAACCUUGCACCUCAAUAAGUUUUUGUACAAGCACAUCCAUUCUCAACAUCACCGCCUUGUUGUUCCUUAUGCGUUUGGAGCUCUUUAUGCUCAUCCCUUGGAGAGCCUUUCGUUCCAAGUAAUUGGCGGCCUUUUAGCGGCUCUCAUAUCUGGCAUGUCUCCACGAGCAUCUAUUUUCUUCUUCUCCUUUGCCACCAUCAAGGAUCUCGAUGAUCAUUGCGGAUUGUGGUUUCCGCGCUGGAACCCUUUCCACAUUUUCUUUAGAAACAAUUCUGCAUUUCAUGAUGUUCAUCAUCAACUAUAUGGAAGCAAGUACAACUUUGGCCAACCAUUCUUUGUUCAUUGGGAUAAAAUACUCGGAACUUAUAUGCCUUACACGUUAGACAAGAAAGCCGAUGGCUUUAAAGCACGGACUUUAAAAGAUUACAAGGAUAAUUGAUUGUUAUAUGAUCAACACAAAUAAAUUAUCACUAAAAACCUUUAUAGCUAUCCGUAUUAUAUUAAAUAAAUAUCAUUUUACGAUUUUACUCUAUGUAUUAUAAUAGUGGGAUCGUACAAAAUGUUACAUAUAUAUAUGUGUGUAUUAAAUAAGAUUGAGAUUU